CGGCCGGGAUCGGCAGAGCUGGCGCUGCGGGAGGGCGCGCCCGGGUCUCGGGCGCAGCGCGGCCCGCCGGGCAGGCGCAUGGAGGCGGCGGCGAGCCCUCGGGCGCGGAUGUUGCCUUCUGAAGACCAGCCUGCCAUCGAUGGAGUGGCCCUUGUGGGCCAACCCUGAGCACUGCUGUGCUGCCCAACAUUGCCCCAGGCCUGCUGCUAAGGAAGCCACACAUCUCUGGCCCUCCCUAUCACCUGCGCCUGCUGAUGGCCUCUGCUGCCAGGCCUGGUGUCAGCUCUUCUGACUGAGUCCCCGUCCACCCUCCAGGACUUGCCAUACACCAAUGGGGUAGCGUGACCAAGGGCCUAUGCAUCAGAGACCUCCUGCCUGCCACAACUGUGACCUCUGCCCCACAGCAACCAGAAUCUGUUCCAGUCCAGUUUUCCUCAAGGCCUUGGGGGUUUGGAGCCCACUUUAGAGCAAAGGGGGUCCUUCCCCAGUGAAGGACCCACCCUAGACACUGUGUGGUGGCCACAUUCACUUGGGGAUUUUUAGAUGUUCUUUGCUGAAUUUUUGGGUUGUUGUUAUCCCCUUUGUACUCAGCCAGCUGGAGAGACGGGAUUUUGGAAUUGACCAUCUUACUUUGGGGGACUGUUUUACUACUUUUUUGGGGGGUAGGGUUGGGUUUUCUUUUUUAAUUAUCAAACGUUGAACAGCUUUCUUUUCCUUUCUUAAGCACUUGUACAAUAUUUGUGCAGGGUGUAGGGGUGGGUUUUAGAAAGUCUUUUUCUCAGACAAGUACAAGGAUAUUACUCUACUUGGUUUUCUGACGCUGGUUUGGCUCCUCUGGCUGCAUCCCCAGCCCUCUCUCAGCCCCCUCCUGCCCUGUCUUCCACCCUCGGGAGACAUGGCGCGAAUGAACCGGCCUGCCCCGGUGGAGGUGAGCUACCGCAACAUGCGCUUCCUCAUCACGCACAACCCCACCGAUGCUACCCUCAGCACCUUCAUGGAGGAUCUGAAGAAGUAUGGAGCCACCACAGUGGUGCGAGUGUGCGAGGUGACCUAUGACAAGGCCCCGUUGGAGAAGGACGGCAUCACUGUUGUGGACUGGCCAUUUGACGAUGGGGCCCCCCCACCCAGCAAGGUGGUAGAGGACUGGCUGAGCCUGCUGAAGGCCAAGUUCUGCGAUGACCCUGGAAGCUGCGUGGCUGUGCACUGUGUGGCAGGCCUGGGACGCGCUCCAGUCCUGGUGGCACUGGCCCUCAUCGAGAGUGGGAUGAAGUAUGAGGAUGCCAUCCAGUUCAUCCGGCAGAAGCGUCGUGGCGCCAUUAACAGCAAGCAGCUCACCUACCUGGAGAAAUACCGGCCCAAACAGAGACUGCGGUUCAAAGACCCGAACACACACAAGACCAAAUGCUGCAUCAUGUAGCUCAGGCUUUGGCCAGGCCUGGGGCCUCUCAUGGUUUGCUCUUCCUGUCCUGGCUGACCUACGUGGGCCUGUCUUCCUGUGCCUCGGCCCCCCUGUGUCCCAGGAGUCAGGUAGCUGUAUGUUCCGUGUCUUGGGCACGUGGCUCCCAGACUGGUCAUCCCCCAUCUCCGGACCUUCUGCCAGCGACCUUCAACAAGCCCACCCCUACCACAGGUUUCUUCUCUCACCUGGACAUGGCGGUGGGUGUAUUUUUAACCACUGGGCCCAGCCCCUCAGUGGCGGCCCCUUAUCCUCUGCUGUUCUUGGCACCUUAAAUUAUUGGAUCCCGGAGCAGUCAGAUGCUCUGGACACUCAAAGGCAAUAAAACAGGAACCGUGA